AUCUCGAGUAACUGUAAAUCAAUCCAUUUAUUCAAUCAUUCAUCUCCUAAUCAAUCAGAAUCAUCCGUUAUUGUUCAUUGUCCAGGGCACGUUCUCAUCUCCACUGCUGCUCCAUAAGGCUGACGAUGAUAUCAUCCACUCCGUUGAUGUCAUCUGCCCUACAGCAUCAGAUUUAUUAGAUCCGAUCGACCAUCUUCACAGUUCACCCCUUUCUCCUCAUCUAUAAUCCACUCAUGCAUGAUAGUCAAUAUAUUCCAUCCAUCAUGACCUCCCCAAAUGACUCGAUAAACGAACAAUCAUCCCAGACAUCCACCGACUCCAGCAGCAGUUUCGUACAAGACAUGAGACGGCGCCUGGGAAGCUCUGCCUACGGAAGUGCCAUUAUCGACUUUGGAAACAACGUUAGCAUUCUCGCGGAAGAAUCAUAUCACGAUAUUAGAAAUCGAGUCGAUGGGGUCUCUGCUAGUGAUGUUGUCCAGAAUAUUCGAGGGAGGAUCCAGUCGUUCACAUCUGGAGAUCAGCAGGGGAGGGAGGAUACUCCAGAACAGGACACUAGGCCUGAUGCUGAAGAGAUCGAACGCAUUGAUAAUAUGGACAGAGAGAGAAUCGUGGAGUAUCUCCAGGAAAGGCACAAAAGUACCGCUCAACGACCUACCACGAAUUAACGAAAUCUAUUAUAUCAAUUCCAAAUUAUAUCCAACGUAGACUGUUUCAGUAUAGUACAAGUGAAGAAAUACAUCUACAACAACGCCCGGAAUCCAUUGUCCAACCUCCGCUGCAGCCCCAGGAAGUCUACCACCUGGCCCAAGUGAUCAAUGCCCCAGAAUCCUUCUGUCUUGCCCUGGGCGUUGGUGCAUUCAAACCAGGGAAGGCCAAAGGCACCAUCCUUGAAUGCCCGG